AUGGCUCUUGGAUUCUUCGCUCUCGCUAUUUUUCUAUUUCUCACUCUAGAUCCUGAUGUUUCUCCGUCUUCCACCGCUUCUGCUUCCGCAGCUUCCUCCGAAGGCGUCGAGGUUCAGAUUACUUAUGGUUCGGUUAUAAAGCUUAUGCACGAGAAGACGAAAUUUAGGUUGCAUUCUCAUGAUGUGCCGUAUGGCUCUGGCAGUGGACAGCAAUCGGUUACUGGUUUUCCUACGGUUGAUGAUUCCAACAGUUAUUGGAUUGUUAGGCCUGAGCCAGGGACUUCAGCUAAACAAGGCGAUGCCAUUAAAAGUGGCACAAUCAUUAGAUUACAGCACAUGAGGACAAGGAAGUGGUUGCACAGCCAUUUGCAUGCGUCCCCAAUAUCAGGCAAUCUCGAGGUCAGCUGCUUUGGUGGAGAAAAUGAUUCUGAUACCGGGGACUAUUGGAGGCUUUUUAUAGAAGGAAGUGGAAAGACCUGGAAGCAGGAUCAAAAGAUUCGGCUUCAGCACGUUGACACUUCAGGCUAUCUACACAGUCAUGAUAAGAAAUACAGUCGGAUUGCUGGGGGACAGCAGGAGGUUUGCGGUCUUCGUGAAAAGCGCGCUGACAAUAUCUGGGUGGCAGCUGAAGGUGUCUAUCUUCCUGUUACCGAAAGCAAACAAGUUGAGUAG